CACCAGCGGAUCAUCAUCAUCAUCGUCAUUGAUUAUUGUCUCCAUUAUCAUCACCAUCAUCAACAUUGUCAGUUUCUUGUCUUCAUCGUCCCUCAGAUCGUCUUGUCAUGGUCCUGUCAUUCUCUCCCUGGCUGGUCGACGUCGAUGAUGCCCGGAGUCACGAGCUUCCCCCGCGACGCCCCGAUACGACGUUCCACUCCAGCUUCUGACUGGGGUUGCCCUGCUCUGCCUCUUCUCCACGCGUGGUCAAUUAGCAUCGUGCAGCGUAUCCUCCCUACGCUUGCCCCCUAUUUCUCCGACCCGGGAUGCCGUAUGCGCAUUGCAGACCGGUCAGAUCCCGCCUGUGCUCUUCCUCUUGCUUGCCAUGCCUCGGCCUAUCUGCGCCGCUCCUGCUGGAUCUUCCUACGCUCUCAUCUCCUCGUCGCCUGUGAUUCUUUUCUCCUCCAGCACUUGGUCUGCUAUCGGUCUGUGGUUCUCCCUGAUUGGUCCACCUAGUGCUUCGUGUUUCUCCGCAAAAAGCGCAAGUGCCAGCUCUCCAGACUUCUUUUUAAUUAAUAUUAAUUGCUUCCCUUGCUCUUUUUUGCCUUAGGUGGCCCACCGGCUAUGCGACCAUUGACGAUUCGGGCAACCUAUCUCCGUAUGGAACCAUCCCCCCUUUUUUUCUCUGAUUUUUUCUUUCGGUUGGGAAGCAUGUGACGAUGUUUAAUUAUUCUUGGCCACCGCAUUGGCUUUUGUUGAGUACACCGGAUGGAGUUUCCUACCUACCACUCCCAACAGCCGCUAUGGAUCAUGGAUCGACUACUAGCUGCCUGGCCUCAUCUAGCUGAUCACGGUCAGAUUGGUCUGGUCUGGUCUGGUCUGGUCAUAUUUCAUGGUUCUCCUGUAGAGACGCAGCAAUAAUAAGUAACGGCACUGUUCCCGGCCCCAGCGACGUAGAUUUUUUUUUCUUCCUCUUUUGUGCUUCGUUGUUUCCCUGCUUUGCUUUUGGGUUCUCAUUCUGCCUUAGCCUCUUGUCUGUGACAAGAUUUUCUGUCCCACUGGUGAGGAGCUGUGCCCGUUCACCUAGGAGGAAGUGAUCAAAAAAGGUUCCUAUAAUAUAUACUCUGCGCACCAGUAACAAAAUGGCCAGCGUCAGGGACGCCACGGACCCCGUUGGGAAGCCGGAAAUCAGCAAUGUCGAGUAUGAUGUCGCGGCUGCUCCAGCAAGCAAGCCCACCUUCCUCCAGAAAGUUCGGGCUCACUUCAAGAGAUUCUGGUGGGCCCAUCUGAUCGUCUUCAUUAUCUGCGUUCUGGUAAUCGUUCUUCCUGUCGUCUAUGUCGGCUACCCAAGGAUUGCUAGGAACAUCGUGAAGAAGGCACGCAUUGAACUCUCUUUGCUGUCGGCUUACUCCCCAACGCCUAAUUCUAUACACAUGAUCGAAAACAUGACUCUGAAAACAAACAGCAGCUACCAUGCAAAGUUCUGGUCGUUUCAAGCUGAGGCUAGUCUCGCUGGACAGGCACCGUAUGCAAAUAUCACUAAUCCUGAAUUCCAUGCGCGGAACAACUUGCUUUUCCAUCUUGACCAAACUCUUGAUCUGACGAACACGACUGCCUACGCCGAGUUCUCAAAGGCUUUCGUCAUGGAAGAGACCUUCUAUCUGAACAUCUAUGGCAAGCCUGAGUUGAAGGAAGGGGCUUUGCCCAAGGUCACAGCGACUUUUAACAAGACCGUCCCUCUGACCGGCCUCAGCGGACUCAAGGGAUUCAACAUCACCGAGUUCCAGAUCAUUCUUAGCGGUCUGCCUGAGGGACACAACAUGAAUGGAACUGUCUACAUCCCGAACCCUUCAUUCAUCACUAUUGAAUUGGGUAAUCUUACCAUGCCCAUCUUUGUGGAGGGAACGCCCAUUGGCACAUCAUACUUGAACGAUGUGACUCUGAGACCCGGAGACAACUACUUCUACAUGGAAGCUACAACCAAUGUCACGACCGUUCUACCCAUGAUCUCCGGUGAUAACCCCAAAUACCCCGAUGGCAUGCUCCCGGUCUCGAUCUACACCGAGUCCAUUGUCAACAACGGCCAGCGCUUGCCAUAUUACGAGUACGCCAUGAAGGCUGCUGCCCCGAAGAACAUCACUCUCAACGUGGGCGCCGCCCUUCAGAAACUCAUGGGCGGCGGCAGCUCGUAAAUAAAAACAAAACAAAAUACUCUCCCGGUUGUUUUUUUUUUUUUUUUGGAUUCUUGAAUAAAUACCCCCCUAUCUACGCAUAUCCAUAUUAUCAUGAAGAUGAAUGUGACCUGCAUACCCUACUUACCAAACUCCGAUGUUGGUAAAUAACUGGUCUUGUUUAUUUGGAGUUCCUCAGUUACACAUCAUUUUUUUUUCUUAAUAUCUUUUAUACAUCCCUGUCAGCUUGGAGGUUGGAUGUAUCAUAAAUUAGUUUAUGUUAACAUGGAUAUGGAUGUAAAUGUUAAUGGAUGAAGGAGAGGCAGAUGCGGAGGUUGGACGAGCAUGAAGUGAAUGCACAUAUGACAGAUGAGAUGAGAUGAAAUCUAUGGAUUGAAUGUGAAAAAAUAACCUCAUGUUUGGGGUUAUCAUUCCUUUGCUAUUUGGAUCAUUGUGAACAUA